AACAGGAAGGAGGUAAGAGUCGGUGACGAGGGGUUAAACCUGGAGGACCAGUUUCACUGACGCAGACGGUGUGUGUGUGUGUGUGUUUGUGUGUGUUGUGUUAGUGUGUGAAUGACCGGAGGAAUACUAAACCGGAGGGACUACAGUGACGGAGGAGGGCCAGCAUUUAAGGAACAGUGGCAUGCUACAACUUGUCUGCAGACUGACCGAGCAUCGCGAAGCAAGCAGAAGCCCCAGGACACACAACCUGUACAUGCUACACACACACACACUCACACUCUGUACGCCAGGAAUAGAUUCGGAGGAUGAACGGAGCGGCGAUUACGCAAGACGGAACCGAGCUGCUGCAGGGGGGCACGGGGAGGACGCUCCGGUUCCAGCGGCCGCACUCGUCCGUGCCUCAGUUCACCAACUCCCCGACCAUGAUCGUGAUGGUGGGACUCCCAGCGAGAGGAAAGACCUACAUCUCUAAAAAGCUCACCAGAUACCUGAACUGGAUCGGCGUCACCACCAAAGUGUUCAACGUGGGUCAGUACAGAAGAGAUGCGACACGUGCGUACAACAGCUUCGAGUUCUUCAGCCCCGACAACACAGAGGCCAUGACCAUACGCAAGGCCUGCGCUGUCGCCGCUCUGAAAGAUGUGUGCGACUACUUCACCAGAAUGCUCGGCCAGGUCGUGGUUUUCGAUGCCACCAACACGACAACGGAGCGCAGAGACGUCAUCACCAGCUUUGCAAAGGAAAACGGCUACAAGGUUUUCUUCGUGGAGUCGAUCUGUGACGACCCUGAAAUCAUCGCUGAGAACAUUAAGCAAGUGAAGCUGAGCAGUCCGGACUACGUAGGCUGUGACAAAGAGGAGGCGGUGGCCGACUUCCUGAAGAGGAUCGAGUGUUACAAGCAGACGUACGUCCCGCUGGACGACAACAAAGACAGGAACUUGUCCUACAUCAAGAUCUUCAACGUGGGCAGCAGGUAUUUGGUGAACCGGGUCCAGGACCACAUCCAGAGCCGGAUAGUGUACUACCUCAUGAACAUCCACGUCACCCCGAGGUCCAUCUACCUGUGUCGUCACGGAGAGAGCGAGCUCAACCUCGUGGGUCGCAUUGGGGGGGACUCUGGGCUGUCGCCUCGAGGGGCUCAGUUUGCCAGUGCUCUGGGUACGUACAUGCGUGGUCAGUGUAUCAGUGACCUGAAGGUGUGGACGAGUCACAUGAAGAGGACCAUCCAGACCGCAGAGGGUCUGGGAGUUCAGUACGAGCAGUGGAAAGCUCUCAACGAGAUCGACGCUGGGGUUUGCGAGGACAUGACGUACGAGGAGAUCCAGGAGCAUUACCCAGAGGAGUUCGCACUGAGAGACCAAGACAAAUAUCGCUAUCGCUACCCCCGAGGAGAGUCAUACGAGGACCUGGUGCAGCGUCUGGAGCCAGUCAUCAUGGAGCUGGAGAGGCAGGAGAACGUUUUGGUCAUCUGUCACCAGGCUGUCAUGAGGUGUCUGCUGGCAUACUUCCUGGACAAAAGUGCAAAUGAGCUGCCCUACCUGAAGUGUCCUCUCCACACAGUCCUGAAACUCACGCCCGUCGCCUACGGUUGUAAAGUGGAGUCCGUCUUCCUCAACAUCGAAGCCGUCAACACGCACAGAGACAAACCAGAGAACGUGGAUGUCGACAGAGAACCGGCGGAGGCGUUGGAGACGGUCCCUGACCACAUCUAGAGCUGAUCUGAUCUCCUCCUACUGUCAUGGAAAGUGGCCUUUUUUAAUUUAACUAAUCUUACUUUUCAUUGUUGUGAUCACGGUCAUGAAAUGGACACAACAUGUGAUGCAUAAACAAUCAGGAGUUUUCCUCCGAUGAGCGCAUACUUCCAUUAUAAACGCACUUUAUCCUGCAGGACUCAGGCCAAAUGUCUGUGAUACGAAGAUGAGGCUUCCUUUACCGACCACAACACGUCAGAAACUUAAACUUUAUCUUCCUCCGUUCUUGUGCUAAUAGACUAACCACCAGCGUACGAUUAUUUAAAGAUCUCUGAGGUUUCAUCCUUUGAGAACAGGAAGUGUUCAGCUGGAAGGUUUUCUGUUUCUCCUCGUAACAGUGACUCAAACAGGAAACGUUUGCACAGUGUUGACAUAAAAGGGAAUUAUUUGACAUGUUGACAACCGCUUUCUUCACCUCUCUCGUGUCUGUUAGCAUGCUUUAGCUUAGCGCAGCACAAAGACUGGAAACAGAUCAGUGCUGUAACUACGCUCAGCCGUCAUCGCGUCUUUGUACGGUCAUAAUUAUUCUCAAUUCAAAUCUUAAUCACGUUUUUAAAUCACAUUAUUUCGCACUUACAAAUACAAAUUAUUAGGCUUUUAUUUUGACCCAUUUUUGUACCGUCCUAAGCUGAGAGUACUUUACUUCCUGUUUGAAUUCUACCGUGCUUUU